CCUCACCAGUGUUUCUGCUGCUGCUCAAAGGUUCACUAGUAAGCGAUCUGUCCACGCCACGCUCAGAGCCAGUCCUCAGCAGAGAGUGAACAACAGCAGCAGAGAUGGGAGAUUGGGGCUUCUUGUCAUCUUUGCUGGACAAGGUCCAAAGCCACUCCACUGUCAUCGGAAAGAUCUGGAUGAGCGUCUUGUUCCUUUUCCGGAUCAUGGUCCUGGGAGCCGGAGCUGAGAGCGUCUGGGGCGACGAACAAUCAGAUUUCGUCUGCAACACUCAGCAACCUGGUUGUGAGAAUGUCUGCUAUGAUCGCACCUUCCCCAUCUCACACAUUCGAUUCUGGGUCCUCCAAAUUAUCUUUGUCUCCACGCCAACGUUGAUCUACCUUGGCCACGCCAUGCACAUCAUCCACAAGGAGAAAAAACUCAGAGAAAAACUCUCGAGUCCUGGUGGCACCCGUGUGCUCAAAGUCCCAAAAUACACAGAUGAAAAAGGGAAAGUUAAGAUCAAGGGAAAUCUUUUGGGAAGCUACCUCACGCAACUCGUGUUUAAGAUCAUAAUAGAAGCAGCAUUCAUUGUAGGACAGUAUUACUUGUAUGGGUUUGUCAUGGUGCCGAUGUUCCCCUGCUCUAGAAAGCCUUGUCCCUUCACCGUGGAGUGUUACAUGUCCCGUCCCACGGAGAAAACCAUCUUCAUUAUCUUCAUGUUGGUAGUGGCUUGUGUUUCCUUGAUGCUGAACGUUGUUGAGAUGUUCUACCUGCUGUGCACCAGGGUCCGGUGUGGAUCCAGGUCCCAGAAGGUCCACAAGAUCACCUCACCAGAGAACCCAGCCAGCCUGACCGGUCCAAGAUGGCCAACCUCAGAUGAUGCACUCAAGCAAAACAAGCUCAACCUGGAAAUGGAGAGUAACCAGAGCAUCGGGGGUAGUCUAGAUGGGGCCAAAGAGGAGAAACGGCUGUUAAGUGGACACUGAAAAGGCAAUCAUUAAAGUAAUAUUCUGAAAAGGACUGCACAAUGUUAUAAGCAAUGGCAAUGUAAUAUGCAGUAAUAAAAAUGUAUAUUUCCAUAACUAGCACCAUACAGUACUGCAGUGGUUCUCAAACUUUUCACACCAAAUACCACCUGAGAAAAUUUUCAGCUCUCCUGAUACCACCAGAUCUGAAUUGGUUCUAAAACAAGAUUACAACAGGGUUAAAUUAGCUCUUAAAUCUGAGUACAGCAUGAGCAGAACAGAACAAACCCAUAGGACAAAAUUAGAAUAAUAUGGACUCUAAAGUAAACAAAUACAAAAACUGCAGAAAACUUUGAAUAGCACAGUUUGACAAACAUUGCUGUAUGGUGCAUCUCUAAUCCUUGAUAACUAAAUUUUCUAAUAUGGUGCACUUAGCCUUCGUGGAUUGUCACUAUGUAGAAAGAGCACUGUGAUUGUUUGGGUUUUGUGUUGGUGAUAGAAAAUUUUUAACUAAUCAUGUAAAGUGUGCAAUAUGUUUUUGUAUUAAAGUACAAGAAAAUACAGCAUUGUCCACUUGAAUGUGUCUUUUAAGUUAUUGUCAUGUUGUUAAGGAAUAUUUGUAACUAAUUCAUGAAAUUAUGAAGAAAAGAGU